ACACCUGUUUGAACGGCGCGGCGAGCCGCGGCCCCGGCGGGCUGCUCGGCGCGGAGUGGUGCUCAGCAUGGCGGGGAUUCCAGGGCUCCUCCUCCUCCUCCUCCUCCUCCUCCUCUGUGCUGUGGGGCAGGUGAGCCCCUAUGGUGCCCACUGGAAACCCACUUGGCCUGCUUACCGCCUCCCUGUGGUCUUGCCCCAGUCCACCCUCAACUUAGGCAAGCCAGACUUCGGGGCUGAAGCCAAAUUGGAGGUGUCCUCCUCGUGUGGACCCCAGUGUCACAAGGGGACUCCACUGCCCACUUAUGAAGAGGCCAAGCGGUACCUGUCUUAUGAAACGCUCUAUGCCAAUGGCAGCCGCACCGAGACCCAGGUGGGCAUUUAUGUCCUCAGCAGUGGUGGGCGACAAGAGUCUUCAGGAAAGUCUCGGAGGAAGCGGCAGAUUUAUGGCUAUGACAGCAGAUUCAGCAUUUUUGGGAAGGACUUCUUGCUCAACUAUCCCUUCUCAACAUCAGUGAAGUUAUCUACAGGCUGUACGGGCACCCUGGUGGCAGAGAAGCAUGUGCUCACAGCUGCCCAUUGCAUACACGAUGGGAAAACUUACGUGAAGGGAACCCAGAAACUUCGAGUGGGCUUCCUGAAGCCCAAGUUUAAAGAUGGUGGCCGAGGAGCCAACGACUCGAGCUCAGCCAUGCCGGAGAAGAUGAAGUUUCAGUGGAUCCGGGUGAAACGCACCCACGUGCCCAAGGGCUGGAUCAAAGGCAAUGCCAACGACAUCGGUAUGGAUUAUGACUAUGCCCUCCUGGAACUGAAAAAACCCCACAAGAGAAAGUUCAUGAAGAUUGGGGUAAGCCCUCCUGCCAAGCAGCUGCCGGGGGGCAGAAUCCACUUCUCUGGUUAUGACAAUGAUCGACCAGGCAAUUUGGUGUACCGCUUCUGUGACGUUAAAGAUGAGACUUAUGACCUGCUCUACCAGCAGUGUGAUGCCCAGCCUGGGGCCAGCGGGUCCGGGGUCUAUGUGAGGAUGUGGAAGCGACAGCAGCAGAAGUGGGAGAGAAAAAUUAUUGGCAUUUUUUCAGGGCACCAGUGGGUAGACAUGAAUGGUUCUCCGCAGGAUUUCAACGUGGCUGUUCGAAUCACCCCUCUCAAAUAUGCCCAGAUUUGCUAUUGGAUUAAAGGAAACUACCUGGAUUGUAGGGAGGGGUGACCCAGGGUUCCUUCCUGGCGGCACUUAGUGGUCUCCAUGUACUUAUUUUAGGACAGGCCAAAUUUUGUCAUUGGUGUGUGUGUGAGUGUGUGUGUGUGUGUGUGUGUGUGUGUGUGUGUAAUGUGUCAUAAUUAUCUUUUACCUAAUUUUUAAAAAUUGCAAGAUGACUGGCUUUAUUUGAAAACCGGUUUGUGUAUCAUAUAGCAUUUAAACAGGUUAAAGGCAUUCUUUUGCAUAGAAGUGAAAAAAAAACAUGCUGAUGUUUGGGAUGAUAGGGAAUAUUUAGCAAUUAAGUUAAUCUUUUACUUUCUGAGAACUUUGAUUUUUAUUUCAUAUGAACUUGUUUCAAAGGUUUAUAUUAAAUAUGUGGCAUAUGGGAGAUAUAAAUUCUUAACUUCUUAUGUGUGUAUGUAUGUGUAUUUUUUCCUGAGAUUCCUCUUGUAAUUUUUUUUAAUGCCUAAUCAUUAAUGUUUCCAGAUGGCAGUGUUCCCUACCACAUACAACCCUUAGGAAAUUUCACGAUACUUCUUAGACAGGCAGGUAUACUAUUUUUGGAUUUGGAGGCAUUUACACCGUAGUCCUUGACCAGUAAAAUAAUUUGUUAACUAUAUUGGUACACAUCUUAAGCUAUAUCUUACAGUAAGUCAGUAUCCCCAGCUGCUUUCAGUGUUGAAAUCAUUUCUCUCCUGAAGGCUGUUGCUCUGCUUUUGGGGAAGCCUCACAAUGUGGCCCUGUCACCUUUGUGACACAACAGAGUAGGCAAGAUCGUUUAUGCCAAGCCUUCCAUUUCACAGGAAUUUACUCACAUUUCUGAACUAGCUAUUUUCCAGAAGACAAUAAUCGGGGCCUAAUUAGAACAGGCUGUAUCACUUCCCAGCUAACGGUUGUGGUCACACAAAAACAAUCAUUUCAUUUUACCCCUGGAGUAUAGCACAUCUCAUGUUUUAUCAUUUGGAUGGACUGAUUUAAAAUGAAUUAAAUUCCAGAGAACAAUGGACGUAUUGCUUGGCAGAUGUCACAACAGAAUAACCACUUGUUUGGAGCCUGGCACAGUCCUACAACCUAAUCAAAAUUAUUCUACAUAGUUUUCAGUGUGGUUUCAGGGAGCUAUGUACUUGUGCAGCUUGGAAGCUUUCCUCUUUUACUUACUUUAUAGUAAAAAUACUGGGAUGGCGCUUUAACAAAAACCCAAUAGGACAUUUUCCCCACUAGCUUUAAAAGGGCCUCUUUUACUGGGAUGCUUUAGGCUACAGGCACAUAUGAUCAAGUACAGUGGCAAAACUGGAAAUUGGGAGAAUGAGAAGCAGAUCAGAAUCACCACUCCAGUCAAUGUCGUUAUGAAUGUCUUAUCAAUAUGAUAAUCACAGUUUCUAAAGCAAAGAAUUUGACUUAUUUUAUGUUUUCAUUUUAUGCAUCUUAGCCUGAGCACAUCUUCUGAAUGGAUCAGUGGAGAAAAAAAAAAAAGCAAAUGGAUUAUAGGGCAGAUGUUUGCUGGGCUUAUACCUUAGGUAACGGCCUGGCUUGUGACUAUUUGUGAGGACAUUCAGUUACAGCACUGAUGCUUAGAUAUUCUCUGUGUGGCUUUUGGUUUGUGUUUCUUGAGCUUUUCGGAAGAAUAAUCCUGAAAAGACACUGAAGAAAAGUACAGUCAUGGUGCUUUCUUCAAGUCACAAAAGAAAUACUAUGCGUAGCAAAGAGAUGUAGGACCCGCCAGGAUUCUUCUGAGCUCCAGUACAGUUUGCUCUGGAAUCUAGCAGGAAUCUAGCCUGAGGAAGAAGACAGUCUGCAUCCCUAUGUUUGGUAUUUGGGGCGCGGGUGGGGGUUGUUUUUGCUUUUGCUUGGUGUGAAAAGAAGUUCACUGAACACAUAGAACUAAUUAAAAAAAAAAAAAAAAAA